AUGGACUGGAGAAAGAAAGGAGCUGUAACACAUAUCAAGGACCAAGGCCAAUGUGGAUCUUGUUGGGCAUUUUCGGCUGUGGCGGCUACAGAAGGAAUUACUAAACUAAAAACAGGUAAGCUACUGUCUCUAUCAGAGCAAGAGUUGAUCGACAGUGACACUAGUGAAGAUCAAGGCUGUGAGGGUGGUCUCAUGGACGAUGCUUUCACAUUCAUCCAAAAAAAUCAUGGCCUUGCUACCGAAGCUAAUUAUCCCUACGAGGGAACUGAUGGAACUUGCAGCACCACCAAAGAAGCAAACCAUGCAGCCAAGAUAACCGGGUACAAAGAUGUGCCUGCCAAUAGUGGGAGUGCAUUGUUGAAAUCUGUUGCUAAUCAACCAGUCUCGGUUGCCAUUGAUGCUGGAGAAUCAGAUUUUCAAUUCUACUGGAGAGGUGUCUUUACAGGGGAGUGUGGCACUGAGUUAGACCAUGGUGUUGCUGCUGUUGGUUACGNAGGUUCUGUUGGUAAUACACUUGCCUCAGUCUCUCUAUUUCCUUCUUGA